AGCCUGGUUGGUACGUAGGCGGGGCAUGUUAUGAUUGGUCCUAACCUGCGCGUGCGGACUGUGGCCAAGGCUCCUUCUUCCAUGGAUCCGCUCUAGUUCAAACCUGGAACCUGGUUUCCUGCUUCUCUGGGCUUUCGGCAGCGCUUUCAUUCCUCCACGCCCUGCUCGAGCUUCAUUGGUAGCUCUCAGCUGUCCUUCCGUGUCCCGGAGGCGGAGUUGUUCACCGGAGGGGACCGGGGAGCGAGCUAAGCAGGACACAAUGACCACCAUGGAUGAUAAGCUGCUUGGGGAGAAGUUGCAAUACUAUUACAGCAGCAGUGAGGAUGAAGACAGUGAGAGGGAAGACAAGAAUAAAGACACUGCAUUGGGUGAUUCUGUUCCUGGAGAAAUGGAGCUAUCCAAAGAUGGCAUCACAGUUAACACAGGUCCAAAAGGUGUCAUCAAUGACUGGCGGAGAUUUAAGCAAUUGGAGACAGAACAGAGAGAAGAGCAGUGUAGAGAAAUGGAAAGGCUCAUCAAGAAGUUGUCCAUGACUUGUAGGUCUCAUUUGGACGAAGAGGAUGACAAACAGAAACAGAAAGAACUUCAAGAUAAAAUCAAUGGGAAGAUGACUUUGAAAGAGUAUGGUGUGGUAAAUGACAAACAGGAUGAUGAAGAAUUUUUACAACAAUAUAGAAAGCAACGAAUGGAUGAGAUGAGGCAGCAGCUGCACAGUGGACACCACCAGUUCAGUCAGGUCUUUGAGAUCACUAGUGGGGAAGCAUUUUUGGAUACGGUUGAUAAAGAACAGAAAAACACACUCAUCGUGAUUCACAUUUAUGAAGAUGACAUUCCUGGGGCAGAAGCAAUGAAUGGCUGCAUGAUCUGCCUUGCUGCUGAGUAUACCUCGGUCAAAUUCUGCAGAGUGAAGAGCUCCCUCAUUGGGGCCAGUUCCCGUUUCACCAAUAAUGCUCUUCCUGCACUGCUAAUUUAUAAAGGAGGAGAAUUAAUUGGUAAUUUUGUUCGAGUCACUGACCAGCUUGGAGAAGAUUUUUUCGCUGUUGACCUGGAAGCAUUUUUACAAGAGUGUGGUUUGCUUCCAGAGAAAGAAAUGGUGCUGCUGACAUCAAUCCAUAACCCAGCUGCUUGUUUCAGUGAGGAUAGUGAUCUGGAAAUAGAUUGAAAUGGUAGAGAAAGGGAUUAGUAGUGUAAGGGGUGCAUAAAUACAAGUAGGGAGCUUGUCUUCUAAGGCAUAUGCCUAAAUGUUUAUUUUUGUUCCUUCCUGUGCACUUUGGCUUUUUACCUAUUCUUUGUAAACUUCUUUAUUAUAUGUAAAAUUAAAGGUUCUUAACAUUUCUUAGAUUAAAUCAAUAAAAUGUUGAAUCAC